AUGGAGCCUCCAACAGUGACUGUUAGUGAUUUUUCCGAGUGGUAUCCUUUAAUUCAGCAAAACGUGAGCUUUAUGGAGGAACCAGCGGGACUUCUGUCUAACUGGAGCGGAGGCAGCGAGCCGAAGGCGGUGAGAGGCAGCACUGCGGUCGCUAUCGCUGUGUGCAUCACCGCGCUGUACUCUGUCAUCUGCGUGGUGGGACUGUUUGGAAAUAUUCUGGUUAUGUACGGUGUGGUCAGGUACACAAAGAUGAAGACAGCUACCAACAUUUACAUCUUUAACCUGGCUUUGGCCGAUGCUUUAGCCACCAGUACUUUACCCUUCCAGAGUGCCAAAUACCUCAUGAGCACCUGGCCAUUCGGGGAGCUCUUGUGUAAAUUGGUCAUUGCUAUUGACUACUACAACAUGUUUACCAGUAUUUUCACUCUGACAAUGAUGAGUGUAGACCGUUACAUUGCCGUGUGCCAUCCAGUGAGAUCCCUGGACUUCCGCACACCCAUCAAAGCAAAGAUCAUCAACAUCUGCAUAUGGAUUCUCUCCUCUGCUGUCGGCUUCCCAGUCAUGUUUAUGGCCGUUACUAGAGUGACAGACACAGGCAAAACAGUCUGCAUGUUGAAAUUCCCAGACCCAGACUGGUACUGGGAUACUGUGACCAAGAUCUGUGUUUUCAUUUUCGCCUUUGUGGUUCCUGUAUUGGUCAUCACUAUCUGUUACGGCUUGAUGAUCCUUCGCCUCAAGAGUGUGCGCUUGCUGUCCGGCUCCAAAGAGAAAGACAGGAACCUCCAGCGCAUCACCCGCAUGGUAUUGGUGGUGGUGGCAGCCUUCAUCAUCUGCUGGACCCCCAUCCAUAUCUUCAUCAUCAUCAAAACUGUGGUGGAGAUCGACCGGAAGAAUCUGCUUGUGGUCGCCUGCUGGCAUCUGUGUAUUGCUCUGGGCUACAUGAACAGCAGCCUCAACCCGGUCCUGUAUGCGUUUCUGGAUGAAAACUUCAAGAAGUGCUUCAGAGAAUUCUGCUUGCCCUUUCGUUCCCACAUGGAGCAGAUCAGCUUUUCCAGAGCCCGUAGCGCCACCAGAGAGCCUAUCUCGGUGUGCGCCAAGUCUGAAUCAAUGAAGCGGCCCACAUGAUUAGACCUGGACCAGAUGCCUCCUGGUACACAACCAAGAACACAGAAAGAUCUGCAGUCUGAGGUCACCCAGAUCUCCUUUGAGAGUUUUAAGCUCCUUUGAGGUAAAUACAACUUGACAGCA